AAAUAGGAGUGUUUUAAUGCAAUUUCUCACCCAAGUGAAAAUGAUCCGCAUAUUUGUAGCAGUUUUCAGUGUUAUCACGUUCGCCACAGUAACUGUUAGUGCAAUCGAAUCGCAACUGUUUUCCAGCGAAUUCAUAUGGGACUUUUUCAAGAGUUCAUUCGACGAGCGUCGAAAUCUGGCCACGUCACCCUUUUCCAUCCGACUGGGGAUGACCAUGCUGGCCAACUCCAUCACCGACGGGUACACCUUGAAGCAAAUGACCGAUAAAUUGCACCUGCCAAGUUCCAUUGCCAGAGCUUCCGAGCAAAAUCGCCGCAAGUUGAUGGUGCUACAAAAGGACAAACACUUCUCGUACGCAACGAAGCUGAUUGUUCUCGGAACCGAAUCCCUAAAUCCCAAGUUUCUGGCAGCUAUGCACAAUUUUGACACUCCGGCAGAGCGACAUCCUCUUUCGAACUUGAAGUCCCUUCCAACUCUGGCGAAUCGUUGGGCGAAGAACAUGACGUCCGGUAUGGUCAGCACCGUACUGAUGGACAACGAACUGCUUCCGGAUACCAGAAUGAUCCUGCUGAGUGCGACGGCUUUUGCAAGCAAGUGGGAAAAUCAGUUCAAUGUAAAUGUCUCCAAAGUGGAGAUGUUCAGCGCGUACACCACGGGCAAACUCUACAUGACCAACUUUAUGAAUCUGGAGCAUACGUUGCUUCCGGUGGCCAUGAAUGACGAUUUGAAAAUGAAGGCGAUUGAGCUGCCUUUCGAAAAAGGUAGUGAUUAUUCCUUCAUGAUCAUAAUGCCCCUGGAUAGGGAUGGCAACAUGACGGAAAUGGUGGGCAAAUUGAAUCACAAAUCAUUCACAAAGCUCUACGACAGCCUCGUUCCGAUGAGAAUCUCUGUGAAAAUGCCUCGCUUCAAGGUUUCGACCGGUGUGAAUGUGAAUUCGGUUUUGAAGAAGCUACAUCUGACUGCGCCGUUCCAGUGGAGCACGUUCCAAAUUUUCAGACAGGAAAAGCUCACCCUGGACAAGGUCAAGCAAAGCGUAACGGUUCAGGUGGACGAGCAAGGAGUUCGGGCAGCCGCUGUCGAUGCGUACGUCAUGGUCACGAGGAGUGCCCCAUUAACAUUCCAAGCUGAUCGUCCGUUCGUGUUUGCCAUUUUGAAGAAAUCAGUACAUUUCCCACUGUUUGUAGGACACUACGCAUAUCCAGCAAAUUCGUCACCGAUUAAACCGUAGUAAGUGUAUUGUAACUAGAAAUAAAUGCAUGUUUGAGACGUAAUACAAGGUUUUGCUUUGUCAACCUAAAGACUGGACUCGAAAAAAAAUGCGACACAAAGAAUAAUGUAUAACUUUUGGUUGCGUGUACAAAAAUCGCUGAUUUUUUGACCAGGAAUAAUACAUUAUGUGUAGCUAAUUCCAUAAAAAUUUCAUCAAAAUCGGUUAAGUGUUUGCGGAGAUAUCGUCGAAACAAGAGACUUACCAUUUGAGAAUCUUGGGCGAACGAACACUUU